AUGGCUGAACUCGACACCCUCGACCUCGUCGUCCUCGCGGCGAUCCUCCUCGGCACCCUUGCGUACUUCACUAAGGGCAAGUACUGGGGCGUCGUCAAGGACCCCUACGCCACCGCCUUUGCCAACGCCAAUGGCGUCAAGGCCGGCCGCACGAGAAAUAUUGUCGAGAAGAUGGACGAGUCUGGCAAGAACUGUGUCAUCUUCUACGGCUCCCAGACUGGCACCGCUGAGGACUACGCCUCGCGCCUCGCCAAGGAGGGCAAGAGCCGCUUCGGCCUCGAGACCAUGGUCGCCGACCUCGAGGAGUACGACUUUGACAACCUCGACACCGUCCCCACAGACAAGGUCGUCAUGUUUGUCCUCGCCACCUAUGGCGAGGGCGAGCCUACUGACAACGCCGUCGACUUCUACGAGUUCAUCACUGCCGACGACGUCGCCCUGUCCGAGGGCAGCGACCCGGCUCUCGGCAACCUCAACUACGUCGCCUUCGGCCUCGGCAACAACACGUACGAGCACUACAACUCCAUGGUCCGCAACGUCGACAAGGCUCUCCAGAAGCUCGGCGCCCACCGCAUCGGCGAGGCCGGCGAGGGCGACGACGGCGCCGGCACCAUGGAAGAGGACUUCCUGGCCUGGAAGGACCCCAUGUGGGCUGCUCUUGCCUCCAAGAUGGGCCUCGAGGAGCGCGAGGCUGUCUACGAACCCACUUUCGGCAUUGUCGACCGCGAGACCCUGACCCGCGACUCUGUCGAGGUCUACCUCGGCGAGCCCAACAAGAUGCACCUCGAAGGCACCUCCAAGGGGCCAUUCAACGCGCACAACCCCUACAUUGCGCCCAUCGCUGAGUCGCGUGAGCUGUUCUCGGCCAAGGACCGCAACUGCAUUCACCUGGAUAUCGAUGUCAGCGCCUCCAACCUCAACUACCAAACCGGCGACCACAUUGCCGUGUGGCCUACCAACCCCGGUGACGAGGUUGACCGCUUCUUGGACGUGAUUGGCUUGACUGAGAAGCGAAACGAUGUCAUCAGCGUCAAGGCUCUUGAGCCCACCGCCAAGGUCCCGUUCCCGACUCCUACGACUUACGACGCGAUUGUUCGCUAUCACCUGGAGGUUUGCGCGCCCGUCUCUCGUCAGUUCGUUGCGACCCUGGCCGCCUUCUCCCCGAGCGACGACAUCAAGGCCGAGAUGACCAGACUGGGCAACGACAAGGAUUACUUCCACGACAAGACCGGCCCCCACUUCUACAACAUCGCUCGCCUCCUCGCAACUGUCGGCAAGGGUCAGAAGUGGACCAACAUUCCCUUCUCUGCCUUUAUCGAGGGCCUCAACAAGCUCCAGCCGCGCUACUACUCCAUUUCGUCGUCCUCCCUGGUCCAGCCGAAGAAGAUUUCCAUCACCGCUGUCGUCGAGUCGCAGAUGAUUCCGGGACGCAACGAGCCUUUCCGCGGUGUUGCGACAAACUACCUCUUUGCCCUGAAGCAGAAGCAGAACGGCGACCCGAAUCCGCAGCCGUUUGGCCAGUCGUACGAGCUCAAUGGCCCGCGCAACAAGUACGAUGGUGUUCACGUCCCCGUCCACGUCCGCCACUCCAACUUCAAGCUCCCUUCGGAUCCCGGCAAGCCCGUCAUCAUGAUUGGCCCCGGUACCGGUGUCGCUCCAUUCCGCGGCUUCGUCCAGGAGCGAGCCAAGCAGGCCCGCGAGGGCGCCAACGUUGGACGCACGCUCCUGUUCUUUGGCUGCCGCAAGAGCACCGAGGAUUUCAUGUACGAGUCUGAGUGGGCGGAGUACAAGAAGGACCUCGGCGACAAGUUUGAAAUGGUGACGGCCUUUUCCCGAGAAACCAACAAGAAGGUCUAUGUCCAGCACCGACUCAAGGAGCGCGCCAAGGAGGUCAACGAGCUGCUCCAGCAGAAGGCCUUCUUCUACGUCUGCGGCGACGCCGCCAACAUGGCUCGCGAGGUCAACGCGGUUCUUGCCCAAAUUAUCGCCGAGGGCCGGGGCGUGUCUGAGCAGAAGGGCGAGGAGGUUGUCAAGCACAUGAGGGCAGCCAACCAGUACCAGGAGGAUGUUUGGUCCUAG